AUGGCUAAGAAGGAGUUCCAUAAGGUCUACAAUGCGCAGAGCAGACUCGGUCGUAUGCCCACGCAGACGCAGAUCCUGAUGGGAACGAUGGGGCUGGCAGCGCUGCUGCUGCUACUGGAGCUGUCCAUGCUGCGACGAAGCGGUGUCAUGCCCACUGACUACCUCCACACUGAAAUCGAGGAGGGCGAGAGCUUCUAUCCGGAAGAGAUCAUGGAUUCCAAGUGGGCGGACGAAGCGGACGAGGCCGAUCUAGUGCACCUCAGUCUGCUACACGAAGCCUGUCUCACUAACAAAGACAGCGUCGUGCCCUGGACCUAUGGAUUAAAUGGCAAGGUAGCCAAGCCUAGCGUGCUAAUCGACAAGGACGACCCGGAUCUGCUCGAAAAGAUACGUCAGUGCCCCGACGUGGACAUUUUCCUCCCACUGGGCAUCCGAGGCCAUGGUUACUGCGAGGACUCGAUCGCCUAUACUAAAUUUUUAGAGUCACGAAUGUUGCCAGCGUGGGCGAUCGAGAUGAAAUACGCGGACAAGACGACGGGCGAGACAUACUCGUACCACGACUUGUGUCCGAAGACGCCAAUGAUUUUCCUGAACCACUACUGGGACGGCAUUCCCGAGUCACCCGACUGGCCGAAGACCAAACCACUGUAUCUUAUGCCGAAUAUUGAAAUGUAUGAGCUCACAGCGGCGCACUAUUGGGGAGUAGAUGUAGUUCUCUGCAAGACUGCUAUCUGUGCGCGUCGUGUGCGGAUGUGGUACCAGCAAGAGGGUAACCCGCGUAACACGAAGGUGUUGUAUACAAGACAUACAUCGUCAGACGUCGCAACAUUGGCCAGAAAUCGUCUUGGAGAGGCCUCAAUCAAGCCGAAAAACUGGUCAGACGUCCAGUUUAUCCAUGCAGUCGGUACAAGUGUGCAAAAGGGAACAAGACCUGUGUUGAACUGCUGGUUGGGACGUCCAGAUUUCCCGCCAUUGCAUGUAUACAUGCAUGAGGAUGUAUACAAUGGCAACUUGAAAGACCACUACGAAAAGAGGAUUCAAGGCUCUCAAGUGAACAUCCAUGUCGGUCGCGCCAAUGCCGACGAAUUCGGCAAGAUGAUUGCUGAGUCUGCCUUCUUCAUGUGCACGAGUCUUCAGGAAGGCUACGGCCACUAUAUCAACCAGGCACGUGCCAGUGGCGCGGUUAUAAUAUCGACCGACUUGCCGCCAAUGAACGAGUUUUUAACUUCCGAGUCUGGUGUGCUUAUUCCAGUCAAGCGUUGGACACAUCUAGAGCAAAUGCUUGGUGGGAAAUACGAGGGAGAGCACGGUUUAAAGGGCGUUGAAGGGUUUACAGCCGAUCUAUAUGGCGUUGGGGUAUGCAAAGCUGUUGAAAGGGUGCUGACGAUGACUCCUGCUGAGCGCGAGACAAUGGCAGCGCGAGCUAAAGCGCAAUACUUUAUUGACUUAAACUUCUUCGCUUCUAAGAUGAAGGAGCUGCGAGAAAUCGCGCGCGGUGGUGAAACCCCCUUACUUCGUACAAACGAGGAAGACACGGUGUAGAUGGACCGCGUAUUAUAAAUUGUGGUGGAGAAGAGAAGGUCGAACGUAAACAUCCCGCAGACGCUACAUGCAUGGCGGAGAAAAUUAGAGGGUGGUGCUACUGCCAGAAAUUAUGUUCUUACAAUGAGCGAAGUACAUCUACAGGGCUCGCUAAUUAACACAUGCACUUUGUCCUUAUAUACUG